CCCACAAAUUUCUAUUGACAUUGUCUGAUUUAUGCUUAUGAUGGUCAUCAUUUGAUCAUAUACUGGGUCCUUAUUGCACUGACUCGUUUUUACUAUGAUUGAAACGCAACCAUCUUGUCUAGUAAAACCGCUUGAUCGAUUAAUGUCGCGUGCUGUUAGUGUCACUUUUGACCAAUCAGAACAGCGUAUUCUGCUUAAAUUUUCUGGCCUUUCACACGACCUGUCGUAAGAUAAACUUGUGAAUAUAUAAAUGAAAGUAGUUAGAAAUUGACACUCCAGAUGGUAUAGCUUCAUAUGCAUUUAUGAUAAUGAAAUAUCAACAGAGAAAAGUCUUUUGACUGGAUUCUCUUUCAAUUAUUCAAAUGACAUUGUCAAAAUGUGCGAAUCCAAAAAUGCAAUGAUGCAUCAAUAUAGUGCUGAAAAUUAUUAUUCCUUUGCGACAGAGAACAGUCAUUUUGGACCAGAGCGCGGAUAUCGCAAAAUUCGUCCCAUCAUUGCUGGAAAUGCAGCUCGUGAAAGGUCCCGGGUGAAGACUCUGCGCAGCGCAUUUCUGGAGCUACAGAGAACACUUCCAGCAGUUCCACCCGAUACUAAGCUCUCCAAGUUAGACGUUUUGGUGUUAGCAACCACAUACAUAGCCCAUUUGAUGCGGACUCUGAAUGAAGGGCUCGAUGACAAUCAGUUGUUUGCCGCCAAUGGUAUCAUGCAUCCCGUAAAGAAAUGGCCAAUGCGGUCUCGUCUUUAUGCCGGAAUUCUGACAAGUGCCUUUCCUGUUCUACCUGCUCCCACUUCACAAAAAGUCCCCUCCCAGUCCCACCCUUCAAACCCCGUCGGACUGCAGACAUCUACCCCUCCCUGGGAAUCGCCCCAAGGAUCGAAAUCGCCUUAUUCUGUUUAUCAGUCCUCCGUGUGAUUUUGUCAUUUUUUACACCGUAUA